ACCUCAACCCUCAACAGUUUCCACUUUUCAGAAUUCAAUUCUGAUAGUACAUGUUUUUUGUGUGAUGUGAUCUGUAAUUUUCCAACCAAAAAGCCUCAUGAUGGGUGAUCUCGAUUCAUGGAUUGAAAUGGCCAAAGAGUGCAAGUAUUUGCCCGAAAACGACCUCAUGAAACUGUGUGAUCUUGUCUGCGAUCUGUUGUAUGAAGAGUCGAAUGUUCAGCCAGUGUCCACACCUGUCACUGUAUGUGGAGAUAUUCAUGGUCAGUUCUAUGAUUUAGAAGAGUUAUUCAGACAAGGAGGCCAAGUUCCUGAUACCAAUUAUAUUUUCAUGGGCGAUUUUGUGGAUCGAGGUUACUUUAGCCUGGAAACUUUAACUAGACUCCUUACACUUAAAGCAAGAUGGCCAGACAGGAUAACUUUGCUCAGGGGCAACCAUGAGUCAAGACAAAUUACACAAGUUUAUGGUUUUUAUGAUGAAUGUUUAAACAAAUAUGGCAAUGUCAAUGCCUGGAAACAUUGUUGCAGAGUUUUUGAUCUCUUAACAGUUGCUGCUCUGAUUGACGAACAAGUAUUUUGCGUUCAUGGAGGACUAUCUCCAGAUAUUAGUACUCUAGAUCAAAUCCGUCACAUAGAUCGGAAUAGAGAAAUACCGUACAAAGGUGCUUUUUGUGAUCUUGUCUGGUCUGAUCCAGAAGAUAUUGAAACAUGGUCCAUAAGUCCACGAGGUGCUGGCUGGUUGUUCGGAUCCUCAGUCACAAACGCCUUUAUAGAAAUCAAUAAUCUACAGUUAAUGUGUCGUGCGCAUCAAUUAGUUCAUGAAGGCUUAAAAUACAUGUUCAAUCAAAAGCUUGUGACAGUAUGGUCUGCUCCAAAUUACUGCUAUCGCUGUGGCAACGUGGCUGCAAUCCUAGAAUUCCAGAGUACUACUCAACGACAAGCCAAAUUAUUCAACGCUGUUCCGAAUGAAUUACGUAAAGUCCCCGAUCGAAUAACAACCCCGUAUUUCCUAUGAUUCUCCUUCCAAUGCAAGAAAGAUGCCUUUUAACAAUGAAAAUUCGCCGUUCGUGUGAUAUCUCUUAAAGUUGAGCAACUUUUUGCCAGUGAUUUUACUACCAGUGAUGGAAGUUGUUUUAAUCUGUAUUUUAUUUGCGUAGUAAUUAGUUGGUUAGUACCUUUCUCUGAUUUCUAACGCAACUGUCAAUUAAUCUGCGAGGGAGCAGUUUACUCCCCUUCAAUGGUUUGUUUUCACUCUUGCUAUUGUUUGUUACCCUUGUUCCUUGAGCGCCAGUAUCCUGCUGUAACUGGAAAGCCGUUUUGGAACGGACUUAUUCUCUCCUACUAAUUAACUGUGUAUUCAGUAUUCAACUGAUAAUCUGGCACACUGGAUAUGUUCUAAAUAUCUGACUGUACUCAAUGGUUAGUUUGCUCCCUCUACUGUAGCCAGGUUUUAAUGUCUGUGAGGAGUUUGAAAGCUUUGUUCAUUGAUCAUCACCAUUGAAAGUCCCCCUAGCCACAUCAGGGAACCUCCUCUCCAAUCAGCUGCUUUGCUGGAAAACAAUUUCCUAGUCUCAUUUAUCAGAUACAUUAAGUUUUUUCAUAAUUUUUUCCAUGUAUUCUGGUCACAUACCUUUCUUUUCCCGUAGAUUUUUUUAAGGUUUUUUUAUAUUUUAAUUCAUCUCGACUCUUUCAUGGUGCGGAAAAAGCUUUAUGAAGUUCCGUAGUGAGCAUUUAAAAAGUAAAAAAGAAGGCGCAAAUUACGCGGGAUAUCACUGAAACACUUGGGUCAAGACUGAAUUAUGCCGUUAGAAGUCAAGGACAUGAGAAAAUAUUUUAAGGAAGUAAAUUUGAGCAGAUGUAUGAAAUUCUCAGAGUUCAGAAUAUUUAUCAUUCCUGCAAUAUGUAGAUCAUUACAAACCUAUUGAUGAGCUUUCAAAACUCACUCUCCCAAUACGGAGUAUAGCACCUUCUUUCAUGAGACGCAUUCUCAAUCAUACAAUGAGGCUUUCAACAGGUAGAUUAAAAUGUUGAAGUCCCAAUUUUAGCCGCUUGUUCCUAAUAUGUUUUAAAUUAAUAGUUUGUUCAGGUUAUUAUUGGAUUGAUUUAUUCUUUCUUUGAGAAAACUCAUUUCAGAAACUAUACCUCGUCUUUGACCCCAGUUUUUUAAUUUCAUCCUCUAAUUUUGAAUGUCACUAGUUAAAAACAACCAUCAAUGGAAAAGUUUGUUUAAAUUUCUAUUUUUUCUUAGAUCUCUACUUCUUAAGCGAGCAAACAGUCGCUUUCACUGUCAAAGAGUAGUCCUUAGAACUUCAUGUUCUGAUGAUCAGAGGAACACUUGUAGUUGUCAUCAUUGCCAAAACAUCAACAGUGAAACUGUAAGAAUACGUAGCUUGGUUUGCGUUAUCACAGACUUUCCAUCAUACUUUAUUUUUUAAGUGGAAAAAUACUCAACAUCAUUUCUUGGAAACUUCCCUGAUUUCUCUUUUGUUUGUGGAGAACAGUCAUGGAAAAUUUAAAGCAAUAGUGUUGAUUUUUUCUGUUUUGAUGAAGAUAAAAUGUGAAACCCUGCGCGUUCCUUCAGUUUCACUGUCUACACGCAGUAAACUUAAAAGUUCUCAAAGAGAGUAAAUACCUCCAAUUUUCAAAAAUUCUAAAGGGAGGUCAUACAAUUCCCUUAAAAUAUUUUCCUACUCUAAUAAUGACAAUUAACUCUCAGUUCACGAGUAAAAUAACCGUGCUAAUGUAUUUUGUGUGUAUUCCGUCUGUUUUAUUUUUAUGGUAAUUUUUCUAGAAAGGAAGAGAUGAGAUUUAAGUUUCCCAUUUAUUCAAGUUUUGGCCUUGCAAUCCUUCGCAUGACAGAAGCCGGUUUGCAUGUUGACACAUCAUACCAUUUAUAACCAAGUCUGUUUGUCAUUCCGCAACAAUUAAAAACCUUGGUAUUUUGUUCCAGUAUUUUUUUUUUUUUUUUCAAGUAACAAAAUUCUUUCUCUUUUAACGAUUUGUCUUUACUCUUGAACAUUCAUCUGUCCCUAUUAAGAAAUCAGUAUUUUGUGUGAAGACUGCAGUUGAAUCAGUUUAUACUCUUUAUCAGCAGUCAAUUGUUUUAAUUUUUCAAGGAAUUUGUUAACUGUUUAUAGAUUUUCCACGUAUACUAUUUUGUAUUUCCUUGUCAAAUCCCUACCAUAGCUGAGAUGCCUUACAUGUCCAUUUACGCUCAAGAAAAUUCUCGUUAAAUCUUAUUAAUGGCAGUCAUUUCUUGCUUGCACUAUUUUGUCUGAAAUGUAUCUACUUUUUACCAGUUCUUUUUUUUUUUUUCUCUACAAUUAAAGAAAGACUUAAAAAGCUACUAGGCUUCAAAAUGUAUCUUAUUGAUGCAAAGAAGUAAACUUCAACAUUGUUGGUCUGAAUCCCCUCAGGAAUCAAGUAUCACAAAAAACUGCUGAGUAAUUAAAUAAUUCAAUACAAAAAGAAUGCUCAACAUGAGCUUAAAAAAAGAAUAAAAACAACAGUAACUAAUUAAAAUUAUAAUAAUUGUACAAGUAAUUAUUGUGCAUAAAAAUACAGAAUAAUUCUGCAGAAAAAAAUACAGAAAGUACUUUUUUAGUUAAAUAUUCUUGAGAGAAUCAGCUCCAAAAAAGAGGAACAUGACAUAAUGGUACAAGCCAGACAAGAUUUUGAUGGCAUAGUUACAAUUCACGUGAAGAAAAAAUUGUGAAAGGCACAAUCCUUGUACGUUGUUUAUAUUGUUAUCCGUUUUGCAUCUUGUUCCUUUUUUUUCAUUUUAAGGGAGGGGGGUAGGGUAUGAGGCUUUUUUCCGUUGGAAAUGCACAGUUUUCUUCCCUUUUAACAACUUGUGUUUUAAGACUGUAAUAUAUGAAUUUACCUAAGCGUUUGAAUAGAGGGUAUACGCUUUGUAGGAGUAUCAAUUCAUCCUAGAAGUUUUGAAGAGAUUUUGCAAGGAAAAAAAUACCAUUUAAUGAAAGCCUUUUUUCAGCCAACCAAUUUUUUUUUACUUCCUUUCUUUUGUGAAGCAUUUUGAGAAAUGUCUCCACAUGAACAAUUUCUUUGCCUUUUAACCCUGUAAAAUCCUAAAUCUCACUUUUUAUAGUUUUAGUAGAACAAAACGGUGUCAAAAGAGAAAGACUAUUGUACCGUACAUACGUUUUUAAUAUUUUUUACUCCUUUGAACAUUGUGUCUUUUCUCAAGUAGCUUUUAAAGAGUUUUGCACUUGGAGAAAAUCCUAGGUCACAAUCAAAGCAUAAGGAAAAGGUCAGCUGUUUUUCUUUGUUUGAUUUGAAAAAGAGACAUCCUAAAGAUGAAUCUUUAUUGCUGAAGAAGUAAGUUUUUAAAAUGAGUUUAAAGGAAAAAAUUAUCUUCUGUUUUCAGCAUUCAUGAUAAAAUCUGAUACCCUAUUAGGGUAAAGGAACUUCAGAUAAAGGUGUUUUUUUAGAUAACCAUCGACUUGUGCUUACUUAAAUCAGUUCUGAAUCUUUUUCUGCAAAUGACACCCAAAAAUUUUAAUAAUUUUUGAAAUUCUAAUAAUAGUUUGCAAUUUAUGUUAGGAAAUUGCGCAGAAUUAAUCUCAUCAAACAGUGAAGCAUGAUUACCUUAAAUUUAACUCCUUUAUUUCUCAUACUUUUUGCCCUGAAUCAGUCAAAUAUACCUCUUAUUUUGUAAUUGGAAUAAAUACUUCAAUGUAAACAAUUCACUUUAAAAAACAGGAUGGUAGAAUAGUGUUGGUUUCACACUAAUCUCAAGGAAGAACAAAGGUUAGAGAAGAAGAAAAAAACUCAACCCAGAGAUUAAAAAAAGAACUUCAAUUCGUUUCAGUGCAAAACUAGAGGGGUGGGAGGGGGGGAAGCACCUAGCAUGGGCAGAUGCAUUGAAAAUUUUUUACUGAGGUCCCGUCAACAGACCAACACCAGUUUUGCUCUCAUUGAGGCUCAUCAACUAGCUGUAGCAUGCCAGGACCCAGCUGAACAUUCUAACCUACCUCAGACAGCAUUAAAAUGCGGUUAUUGAUACAAAUCUAGGCGUAGCCCCUUAUUGUGAUCUUUUAGCCAUCUGCCGUCAUUUGCCGAACAAUGUUCCAAGAAACAUGAAGAAAAUUUUAAAAAAAAAUAUAUUUUCAAGAAGUCCUUUUAUGGUGCCUUGCCCCGCAUUGUAUAUAUGAUGUAUUUUAAUUCUGUUUGAGGCGUGUAAGAAUGUUCAGGUGGGUUCUGGCUCUCCAUGGCCGGUUUUCGCGCUCUUGAAUAUGGUCAAAAUUGGACGUUCUUCGUUUUCUCCGUGGAAUAGUGUGGACCUAACACUUUUCUACUAUCCUGUUAUUUACUGUAUUCAGGGCGAAAUUUUGUGUUUUACUCAAUUUAUUGUAUAAAGUACAGAUCCAAACUCUGUGUUAAAACUAGUCAUUUUCAGCAGGUAGGCAUCUUAUCACCUGCGACCGGGUGUCAUAUUUGUCAUCUAAUUUAUUCAACAAGCAGUCUUUAGGACCAAAACCUCCUCUCUGUCUUUCUUAGGAUCGAUAAUAUUUUCUUUUUAUAAAUACAAGGGACCUUCAAAAUAAUCAUUUAAACAUGAUGUGUUGUUAUAAGGUCUGUAAAAUAUAUUGAUGUCAGGCAAACUUUGGGCACCUAAACUGAAUAAGGAAGUAUGCUGAAGCUUCGUGGUGCAUCCUCUUAAAAAAAAAUUUCCCGAAAAUCUCUCUUGUCCCCCCCUGAAAGUCGUACAAAAUAUACAGGGUGAUCCAAAAUUACUGCGCCACCCCCACGGCCCCCAAGGUUCUUGCAUCUUUGCAGGGUUUUGAAUUACCCUCUAUUUGUCAAUGAUUCCUUUCAGAAGCAUAGAAAUAUACCGUAUCAAACCGUUGAAGAUCACUAGACUCUGUCCCCCCUUCUUCUCCCUCCACCAGAAAAUCCCUUGAAAACUUUGAAACCCAACUCAAACUCCCAACUCAAACUCAAACUCCAAGUCCAAGAAUAUAUCAAUGGCUCAGGUCAAAAGAUGCCUGUCCAAGAUUGUGACAUUUUAAGUCUCCCCUCAUGUUUAUUUUAUUUUAUUUUUUUUUUUAAGAAAAACUAACCAAUAGUUUUUUUUAAAAAAAAAAAAAAUACACCAAAUUGUAAAGAAACAUCUUAAUUAGUUUUCCCUGAUGAAAAUUAAACGUAAUUGGAUAUAUUUAAACAUUGCAAGUGAGUUAUGUAUUUGUUGCAUCUAACCAUCGAUAUGCAACUAUCCUCAGAACUUUAUCAUGAAAAUACUUUAGAGAGGAGGGGGGCAUUCAAUGGUGGUUUUUGAAGUCGCUUUUUGCAGAAUUGAAAAUUAUGUCGUUCGUUUUAUUUUUUUCAUCAGGCAAAGGGUGUUAAUUUUAAAAAUAUAUGCCUUCCAAUAAUUGUCACGUAUACACUUAUUGUCUCCUUUCGGCAUUUUUGUGUGAUCAAUUGCUGUAGAAAAUGUUGUAAACUGACUUAUGCUCAAAUUUUCAGAAAGCAAGAAAUGAAAUACGCAAGAUAUGAGACUCGCGAGAGUUGCACCAGAUCCUUUGAUUGCAAAAAUUAAUUUUGAAUCAGUCAAUACUCCCUGCUAAUUUUUUUAGUGAUUGAUUGUGUUAAAAUGCUCUAAGGAGACAAGCCCUUCCUUUGAACAAGUUUUGUUGAUUUUAUUGCUUAUUUCCAUCAAGGCAGGCAACAGCUAGAAUCGAUCAUAAGAUCACAAUGUUCGAACUGGAACGCAUAAUCAAUAGUAUUGAUUGAAAUGUAAUGUUCUCUUUUUAAAUUGUAAUAAGUUAACGCAAAGUGAAGCCUGAAGAGUAAAUAUUUUUAUGAAUUAGAUUUUGAUCGAAAAUUUUUAUGAAUUUCAUGAAAAAGUUUUAUGAGUAAAGUUGGAUGAUUUAAGUUUUUUUGAAUGCACAUAACCGUUGAUUCGGGACAGUAGAAUACAGGGCAGGUCUCCCAUGAAGAUUAAGUGCUAUGAAGAGCUUCUAUUUUUUGUCGCAUAAUCUGAAUCUAAUUGGAAGAAAAAGAAAUAUACCUUGCCUGUCUCAAAAUGUUGAGACUCGGGAUGUGCCUUUUGUAAAGACAGAGAGGCUGGGAGGCUCAAAAAUACUUUAGUCGGAUGUAUUUUUGCUAAGAGGAACUAUGUAUGUCGCCCUUUGCAACCCUACGUAACCCUAUGUGCACAGUUCCUUUUAGCGUAAAAUGUCCAAUUGGAAUUUCUUGUGUUUUUUAAAAGUUAAGAGCUCAAAUCAGGUUUCUGAGAUACCCCAGAAAAGAUUAUCCUCUUCUUCUGCCCGGAUGUCCCAAAUACUUUAAAAUUAAUCUUGAUGGUUGCCUUAAUUUUUUCUAUAUUAUUAGUACAAUGAUAUGUUUGUUGAUCAAUGUGUUAAUAUGUAGUUGUUUUUGGGCCGUAUUCAUGGCAACUUCCCUAACAUAAAGCUCCCCAAAGCAAUUUAUCACUCACGGCACAAGGAGGCCUUUACAUUAGAGGGAAAUUCAUGCCGACAGCCCAGAUAUUUUCAAUUUUCAAGGGCUAGAAGCCUUUUUUUUAAAUUGUUUAUCCGUUUCAAAUAGUUUUUUUUUUCAUGAAUCGGUCCCUCCUGAUACUUUAUCAGGUUUUCAGUCCUUUUUAAGAGGGGAAAACCUCACAGAUAUACCGCUUCCAAAAUGUAUUUGCUUCUUACCGGAAAGGUUUUUGAAUUGUUCUUUUUUUAUGUUUUCAAUCAUUGGUUUUGAUACAAAAUUAAAGCUUCGCAACAAUUUGAUGUACUUUGUACAAAAAUGACUUUUUCAAAAUCUGUGAUCCAAGUUGUACGUAGAAUUAGUAAGUUCUGUAUGUAUUUAUUAAUACUAAAGUUAAAAUAAAAUGUUUGUAUUGCAACCAA